UUAUAACACUCGAAAAUGUAUCUCAACAACAAUCGUGUAUCUCAACAAUAACCAUGCAUCUCAAUAAUAACUAUAUUUCAAUAAUGACUGUGCUUCUCAAUAAUGAUCGUACUCCUCAAUAA